CCCUCCCCAGCCGGUGCGUCGGGGUUCUGUCCACUUCAGGGCCGAAGGGGGAGCAGCUCGGCCGAGCCAGCCCACUCCUCUGCUGACGUCAUCUUCCGCGGCCCUCGAGAGCCAGCCACGGGCGCCGCCAUGUUACGUUACGGCGGCCGGCGGCCGGUCCUCGCGCCGCCGCGAAGCGUCUCUCCGAGGUCCCGCCCCUCUGGUGACGUCACCGCCGCUCGCCCUGCGGGCGCCGCCAUAUUGAGGGUCCUCACCGCGGGCGCGUAGCUGUCCUCAUAAAAUGCCGGCUCGGCGGUGGCCGGCUUUUUCCCCUUCAAAAUGGCGUCCAUGCGGGAGAGCGACACGGGCCUGUGGCUGCACAACAAGCUGGGGGCCACGGACGAGCUGUGGGCGCCGCCCAGCAUCGCGUCCCUGCUCACGGCCGCGGUUAUCGACAACAUCCGCCUCUGUUUCCACGGCCUCUCGUCGGCCGUGAAGCUCAAGCUGCUGCUUGGAACGCUGCACCUCCCUCGCCGCACAGUGGACGAGAUGCAGGGCGCCCUCACCGAGAUCAUCCAGCUCGCCACCCUGGACUCGGACCCCUGGGUUCUCAUGGUGGCCGACAUUCUGAAGUCCUUUCCUGAUACCGGAUCUCUUAACCUUGAUCUUGAAGAGCAGAAUCCCAACGUUCAAGAUAUUUUAGGAGAACUUAGAGAAAAGGUGAACGAGUGUGAGGCGUCGGCCAUGCUCCCGCUGGAGUGCCAGUACUUGAAUAAAAACGCCCUGACGACGCUCGCUGGGCCCCUCACUCCCCCAGUGAAACAUUUUCAGCUGAAAAGGAAACCGAAGAGUGCCACACUGAGGGCGGAGCUCCUGCAGAAAUCCACCGAGACCGCGCAGCAGCUGAAGAGGAGCGCGGGGGUGCCCUUCCACGCCAAGGGCCGCGGGCUGCUCCGGAAGAUGGACACCACGACCCCGCUCAAAGGCAUCCCGAAGCAGGCGCCCUUCCGAAGCCCCACCGCCCCCAGCGUCUUCAGCCCCGCGGGGAACCGCACUUCCAUCCCGCCGUCGAGGACGCCCCUUCGGAAGGAGAGGGGCGUGAAGCUCCUCGACAUCUCCGAGCUGGACAUGGUCGGGGCCGGCCGGGAGGCCAAGAGGAGGAGGAAGACCCUGGACGCGGAGGCGGUGGAGAAGCCGGCCAAGGAAGAGACGGUCGUGGAGAACGCCACCCCCGACUACGCGGCCGGCCUGGGGUCCACGCAGAAACUCGGGUCUCUGAACAACGAGCCCGCGCUGCCAUCCACGAGCUACCUGCCCGCUACGCCCAGCGUGGUCCCUGCCUCCUCCUACAUCCCCAGCUCCGAGGCCCCGCCAGCCCCGCCUGCCCGGGAAGCCAACCUGCAGGCCAGCCGGCCCCCCGAGGAGCCCAGCGCCCCCAGCCCCGCGCUGCCGGCACAGUUCAAGCAGAGGGCGCCCCUGUACAACAGCGGCCUCAGCCCCGCGGCGCCCACGCCCGCGGCGCCCACCUCGCCCCUGACACCCACCACGCCCCCGGCCGUCGCGCCCUCCACCCAGACGCCUCCGGUGGCCAUGGUGGCCCCCCAGGCCCAGGCCCAGCCCCCUGCCCAGCAGCAGCCCAAGAAGAACCUGUCGCUCACGCGGGAGCAGAUGUUCGCCGCGCAGGAGAUGUUCAAGACGGCCAACAAGGUCACGCGGCCCGAGAAGGCCCUCAUCCUGGGCUUCAUGGCCGGCUCCCGAGAGAACCCGUGCCAGGAGCAGGGCGACGUGAUCCAGAUCAAGCUGAGCGAGCACACCGAGGACCUGCCCAAGUCGGACGGCCAGGGCAGCACCACCAUGCUGGUGGACACGGUCUUCGAGAUGAACUACGCCACGGGCCAGUGGACGCGCUUCAAGAAGUACAAGCCCAUGGCCCACGCGUCCUAG